UGAACUUAUUUAAAGUACCUAAUGGACAAUUACUUGCAGAUAGUCUUCAAUGGCUUCUUCUUCACUCCAGUAUCUCUUUCUCUCUUCCCUUUCCAUCUUCUUCUACCUCCUCUCUCACUCAUCAGCCGCACAAAUAGCACUCCAACCCAAGGGGAGCACCGCAAUACACCUCCCCGUGAGGACAAACACCACCUCUCACUCUCACCAAUACUACACCACCCUUGAACUCGGCGAUCGCGAUCCCAGCACGUUGAACGUGAUCCGGAACGAGGUCAGUGUAGUUAUCGACCUCGGCGGCCAGCGCACGUGGAUCGAUUGUGAUAAAUACAACUCCACGUCCUAUCGUCCGAUCUCUUGUGGGUCCCGCAAAUGCGAGGCCGCUAAAGGGAUCGGAUGCAUGGAUUGCACCCUGCCGGGUCCGCCUAGGCCGGGGUGCACCAACGACACUUGUGGUUCUGACGCCUAUAACCCAAUCAAGAACUUGCUUUACGCCGCAGGCCUAGGCGAGGAUGUCAUGGAAGUGUAUUCGACGGAUGGGCAGAGCGCGAUUUCCAGCAACACGGUGCCCGAUUUCCCUUUUUCGUGCGGCGCGUCAGCCCAAUUAAGAGGCCUAGCAUUUGGCACUAUAGGAAUGGUCGGCUUGGCCAGGUCCCCAAUUUCCUUAACUACCAAAAUCGCAUCGGCAUUUAAGUUGCCCCAUCCCAAGAAAUUCGCUCUCUGUCUCCCGUCAUCUAUGACGGGAUCAGGGGACAUAUUCAUCGGCGGUGGACCCUACUACAUGCUUCCUUACACAAAAGACCUAUCCAAGUCACUUGCCACCACUCCGCUCCUUAUUAACCCGGUAAGCACCGCCCCAUUGUACUCAGAAGGCGAUCCGUCCGACGAGUAUUUCGUCGAUGUGAAAUUUAUCAGAGUGAGUGGUAUUCGUCUCGGCUCGUUCAAUGCCUCCUUGCUAGCCAUUGACAAACAGGGUAACGGCGGGACGAAGCUAAGUACCGUAGCCCCACAUACGGUUCUCCAGAACUCCAUCUACCGAUCAGUUGUCAACAAGUUUGUCAAAAUGGCCGCAUUGAAGAAGAUCACACGGGUGGCAUCGGUUUCACCAUUCGGAGCAUGCUUCGACUCGAAGACCAUUGGUACUUCAAGUACGGGACCAGAUGUGCCGGUUAUCGAUCUGGUUUUCCAAAAGGGUGUUUAUUGGAGGAUUUACGGAGCUAAUUUGAUGGUGAGAGUGAAGACAGGUGCUUUGUGUUUAGGGCUUGUGGAUGGAGGGGCAGCGCCAAGGACCUCGGUGGUCCUGGGAGGGCACCAGUUGGAGAACUAUCUUGUUGAGUUUGAUUUGGGUUCCUCAAUGCUUGGGUUUAGCUCUUCACUUCUACUGCACAACACUAGUUGUUCCCACAACAGGAUUUUCCAGUAAUAAUGUGAAAAACGUAUUGUGUAAUGUGCACUUUCUAACCGGAUGGCUUGUUACCGGUUAUUAUCUGGUUGUUUCUUUUUUUCUUUUUCUAGCUUUAUGCCUCCGUUUGAAAGAUUGUUUUCCUCGUUUUGUUGGGCUUUCGUUGGGAGUCGUCGUUCUUUGGUUUGUACACCGGAUUGUAAGGGAUCCAUUUCCAAGUCUCACACAAAUAAUCAGAAAUUUAGAAUCAUUCAAUUCAAGUAAAACGUGAUUUUAAUAAAUAAUCAGCUUGUAUG